GUAAACAUCACGGUACACACAUCCUGCUGUUUUUCUGAUCAAGUUCUUUUUCUCUGAUCGGAUUUCAAAGUGUGAAAGCGAGUGUACUUCUAACUUCACAGAGGCGGCCAGACCGUACCCAACCCAAGUUGACGUGCAUCUGGACUGGUGUUGGAGUUCGAAGCUGAGGCGCGAGACACUGCUGAUGCUAUAAGCCCAUUUAUGCAAUUCAUUCUCAUCGACGAUAGACAUGUAGUCAUUGGACGACAAGCACAAUCCCCGACCGGAGCCAAGCGGAGUUGCUCCACCCCCACCGGGCCUUUCGGGACGGGCCUCGGCCCCACUAAUCCGGCCAAGCCCGCACUCCCGCGCCCCGGUACCCCGUCGUUGUGGCGCACUUGUCGGGAGUUCGCCCGAUCAACAAUGUCGAUGAAGUCAUGUUUAGAAAAACAACUAUCAUUGCAGAGCGGGGUCAGCGAAGAGCGGGCGUGAUGAUCUGGUGCGGGGAAACAUGAGAAACUGAAAACCACACAUCAUUGGCGAUCAGGCGAAAGAAAGAAGAAGUGAAGAAAGAAAUUCUUUAAAUCAACACCGCACUACUGACAGUGAACGUCAUUCCAUAUGCCACCACGCUUGUUGACUGCACAAAGGUCAUCGAGGUCCCUCUAUAAUAACCCAGGGUAGACAUCGUUCGGGUCUUUCUGUCAGCAACCUGAUCGAGCAUUAACUACUCCAUUACAAAAUCACCAUGGCCUCACGAAUCAACAACCUCGCCGCCUUUCACCAGAAACUGGCCAAAGCCGACCGUAUCCUUGCCAUCUGCGGCGCCGGACUCUCCGCCGCCUCGGGACUCCCCACCUUUCGCGGUGUCGGCGGUCUCUGGAGGAACUACGAGGCUACGGACCUAGCUACACCAGAAGCAUUUGCUUCGGAUCCCGGUCUAGUCUGGUUAUUUUACGCCUAUCGCCGCCACAUGGCCCUCCAAGCCCUCCCCAACGCAGGCCACCACGCCCUCGCCGCCCUCGCCAAGAAAAACCCCAACUUCCUCUGCCUAACUCAAAACGUCGACAACCUUUCCUCACGCGCCGGCCAUCAGCAGCAGCAACUACAUACCCUCCACGGCUCCCUCUUCACCCUCCAAUGCUCUUCCUACCCUUCACAAUGCACCUACAUUGACAAAAACAACACUCUCGAUCCUCUCUGUCCUGCUCUAGCACCCGCAUCAGCAUCAGCAUCCAUCAACCCCCCGUCCAAUGACCCCCCAAACCCAUCCCAUUCCCAACCAUCCAACCCCAUCAUCCCCCUCCUAGACCCCAGCACCCCCCUCCCCCGCAUCCCCAAAUCCCACCUCCCCCACUGCCCCCAAUGCAAAAAUCUACUGCGACCAGGCGUCGUCUGGUUCGGCGAGUCCUUAAAUCCCGGCAUGCUAGCCGAGAUAGACGCAUGGAUCGACCAAGGAGGUCCCAUUGAUAUUGUCCUGGUCAUAGGAACCAGCAGCGUCGUUUAUCCAGCUGCUGGAUAUGCAGAGAAGGCGAGGACGAAGGGGAAGACGAGCGUGGUGACUGUUAAUAUGGAAGUGGGAGUGGAAGUGGACGACGACAUUGAAGAGCCGCGGAUGAUGUGGGGAAAAGGAAGAGGAAGAAAAAGAAGACAGGAAGAAGAUUUGGUGUUUCAGGGGGGAGCGGAGGAGUGGUUGCCUAGGAUGUUGGAGCCGGUGAUUGGGGUUGCGAAGGAUGAUGGGACGUAUGAAUGAGGA